AUGGGUAGCAAUGCCGAGCUUUAUCCAGGAAAUGAAUUGUUUAAAUACUUUACCAAGACAUGGCACAACAAGUCUUACCCCCAAAUCUCUCCCGUCCGCCCCGAGCUAUGGACCACUGACAGACUCGUCUUUAUUACGGGCGGCGGUAGCGGCAUCGGCAAGGCCACCGCAAUCGCCUUCGCACAUGCCGGUGCCAAAGUCAUCGCUAUCUUCGGGCGUCGUAACGACAGACUGCAGUCGGCUGCCGAAGAAAUCCGUAAGGCCAACACCAAUGGGACAACCAGCGUGAUUUUUGACGGUGUUGAUUUGAGCCAGCAUGUGGCAGUGGACGCCGUCUUCGCCAGUGCUGUCAAGCAGGCUGGCGGAGCUAAGAUUGACGUCUUCAUACACAACGCCGGCAUCCUCCAGACACUCGGCACUGUCGCCGGCUACGACGAGGAGGAGUACCGCAAAGGUCUGGAGCUGAACAUGAUUGGCGCGUUCAACACGGCCCAGGCGAUGUUGCCCCUGCUGGCACCCAAAGCCAAGGUGUUCAACGUCUCGUCGUGUAUUGCACACAUCAGUCCCCUGCUUGGCUCAUGGAAAUACGCCGCAACCAAGGCGGCAAACACUAAGAUGUUCGACUACCUGCAGGCUGAACAUCCGGAUUUACAUAUUGUCAACAUCAAUGCCGAUACAGAGAUGGCAGGGGUGGGACAAGAUGAUAGGAAGUUCGUCUGGGUCAACUGGGAUGUGGAUGAACUGAAGGCUCGUGCCGACGGCAUCAAGGACUCGCUACUCUUGAGAGUGUUGUUGAACGGUGUGCCAUUGUAGAACUGAAAUGGCAGAAGAAGAUCAUUCAUUAUUCCCGGGUCGAAUCUGUGUAUAGAAUCGGAUAACCAAAUUUAAGACACUACAUGGUGCCAGCUUGGGUAGCUCGUGGGGUUUAAAAAAUACGUUAGAACUUAGUACUAACCUGCGACUAGGCCGUGGUUAGUCACUCAUAAAUGAGGUGAGUCUAGCCUAGUUGCAAAUAAUCCACCACCUAUUCUCCUUACUCCUAACUUUGGCACAAUCAUUGCACUAAGUGGGUACAGGUUCGAAUAAGGGGC